AUGGCUGAAGUGGCCGAGGCCUUGGCUGAGGCCACCGAGCCAAGUGGCAAAUCCCAAGAUGCUGCAGUUAAAACCAAGCAGCCCGCUGAAAAAAUCUUCAGGGCACCACUGAAGCGGGACUCGCACUUCACGCUUAGAGUGUCCGAGGUGUUGCUCAGAGCCAUCACCUCCAUCACCUCGCACAAUGGGCUGCCUCUGGCCACUCUCAAGAAGGAGCUGGGACAGGCUGGUUACCAAAUGCGCAGAAAGUGGUGCCGCUCUGGAGAAAUGCCCAAGUCUGAUUUUAAGGGCACACUCAUGAGGAUCAGCGGCAGCAACGGCUCUGGCUAUUUCAGGGUCUGGAAGAUUCCGAAGCCCAAGAGAAAGCCAGGACGCCCGAGGUUGGAGGAGGGCGUUGGGUCCCCGAGGAGGACCCCUGUGGGGUCACGGGUCCCACGGAAGUGCCGUGUGCGCCGCGUGGCGGCCAAGAAGGCCAGGCAAGAAUGGAGACGGAAUGCGAGGGCGGAGACUGCCUUGAAGUCAAGGCCAAGACCCAAGAACCCGAGGCGUUCCAGAGCUAAGGAGGAAAGAAAGACCAAGGUGACUGUUGAAGGGAAAGGACAGACCAUGAAGGAAGACAAGCCUAGGACUCAAGACAAGAAGAGGCCAAGGGAAGAGAAGACGCAGGACCCCGAGAAGCCGGUAAAACGGACCAUCCAGAGGUCACCUUCAGUUAAAACUAUCUCAAGGGCUGCUCGCACAAAGACUUCCACUAAACCCGAAAGCCCUCGGAAUGCAGCUGGGAAUCCUUAGUGUGGGAGCAACUUCCCCUCCUCCAGGCCUAGAUGCU